AUGAUGCAUUUCUCCAGGAUCUUCAAAUCAUCGCCUCAUUGCGUAUCAAGCCCUGAUGGCACUUUGAUCGCGACCCUGACUACAGACAGCAUCAGCAUCCGGUCCAUCGAGACACUAGAGACCAUCCACAGUGUCAAGCUGCCAUCCAAGGUUGGACUCGCCAAUGCUUUUCUGUGGUCGCCAUCAUCUCGUCGUGUUCUCGCCAGCUUCGCUGAUCAGAUUCAUGUCUACUCGGCUCAUGAGCCUGGCUAUCAUGCGGUCAUCCGGAACCCCGCUUCUCCCAACUUUAAGCCUACCUUUGUUCAGUUUGGUUCUUCAGACAAUGAAGUCUUGAUGUGCUCUUCGUUUGGCCUCAAAUUCUCCGUUUUUGACCUCACUACUUCGAAAACAGUGGAAAUCGGCAACCCCAAAUUUCACCAAGCUGCGGCGGCCUCGCGAGGGUUCGCUCUCAGGCCGGGUUCGGGUCACUUGGCCCUGUUGACCCGUGUUACUGGAAAAGACAUUGUCAGCAUCCAUCAUCCCACAACGAGGGAAGUUCAGCGCUCCUGGCACCCGGAGACCGUGGAUGCCCAAGGCUUGGCCUGGACACCAGAUGGCCGCUGGCUUAUCAUAUGGGAAUCCGCAGCCCAAGGGCACAAGAUCUUGUUCUACACAUCCGACGGCCAUUUGUUCAAGACGUGGGCUGGCCCUGCUUCUUUCGAAACUGAGGACAAGCACUUCGAUUUAGGUGCGGGGGUGAAGCUCUGCCAGCUGAGCCCAGAUGGUGCCCGCAUGGCUGUGUGUGACCACACCAGAAAUGUGUGCGUCUUGGAAUCCAAGUCAGCAAAUACUGUGAUGAGGCUCGAACAUCCUUCAGCAAUCAUUCCCAAAGAUACCGUUCAGAUUUGGCAAGAGCAAAUUGGCAAUGCUUCCUCGGCUUCCGCUCACUCCUUCAUUAAAGCGACACAGUCUGUGUCUGCCCCGGUUCGAGCGAGUGGUGGAAGCGUAGAGGCCAAAGCAGGUCGCACCUUGGCCGUCUUCGACGCGUCGUCCAGUCUGCUGGCUACGACGUUAGAAGACUGGCCGAGCACCGUCUGGGUUUGGGACGUCGAGUCGUUCGAGCUUCGUGCCGUUCUGGUCUUCCACAGCAACAUCUCUGCAUUAUCCUGGCACCCAACGCAACGUGAGUUGCUUAAAAUCACUUGUGAGGGCGACAGCUACAUGGGCUUGGUGUUUGUUUGGGACCCGCUGUCGCAUGGACCGAAGACUAUCAACUUCGCAGAACACCUACCCGACACAAGAGUGUUUGGAAAACCGCAGGUAUCGUGGGUUGACUGGACCGGGGACUCCGCCGUGCUUCUGGUGGGAGACACUAAGCAUCAUCUCAUGGUGUCCCUAACCGAAAACGAUGACUCUGGAGCUCCGUGGCAAGAUGCACAGCGCAAUGAUUUGACCAUGACUACCGGCAAAGAUGAGACACAGUUAGACCCAGCUGCAUUGGACGAAUUCGACGAGGAUAUCUCCGGAUUGGAUAUGUCUGAAGUCGACGACACGUUCUCCUUCAAAAAAGUCUGA